GCGAGAGCUUGUCGGAGGGCUCUCUGUCUCUGUGAUAAACCGAUACGCAGAGGAAGCUGCGGAGAGGUGUCCCUGCUCUGCUGGUGAGCUGCGGCCAGCGGGUGAAGUGAAGUGGACCGGACGUGGACGAAGGAGAGAGAGAGAGAGAGAGAAGAAAGGGCGCCGCGGGGGCCAUGGCUGGACACGCGCCGGCGAGGGACAAGACCACCACCGGCUUCGCCGCUACGUGCAGCCUGCUGAGCCAGUUUCUCAAGGAGAAGAAGGGCGGCCUGCAGGGCCUCGGCGGCCUCGCCAUGGCGCCGGCGCCGGCAGCUGGAGCAGGGGCUUUCCGGCCGCCGACCACCAUGAACUUGCUGUCCGCGCUCGACGCGGCCAAGGCCACCGUCGGGGAGCCAGAAGGCCAUGGCCAACGCACCGGCGGGAAUCCAAGGGAGGCAGCUGGGGAGGAGGCGCAGCAGCUGACCAUCUUCUACGGCGGGAAAGUGGUCGUCUUCGACAGGUUCCCCUCCGCCAAGGUCAAGGACCUGCUGCAGAUCGUGAGCCCGCCGGGGGCCGACGCCGUGGUGGACGGUGCCGGUGCCGGUGCCGCUGUCCCUACGCAGAACCUGCCUAGGCCUUCACACGACAGUCUCUCUGCCGAUCUGCCGAUCGCGAGGCGGAACUCGCUGCACAGGUUCCUCGAGAAGAGAAAGGACAGGAUAACCGCAAAGGCGCCGUACCAAGUCAACAGUUCCGUCGGCGCUGAGGCGUCCAAGGCGGAGAAACCCUGGCUGGGUCUGGGCCAGGAACAGGAAGGAAGCGACGGUCGUCAAGCAGGAGAGGAGAUGUGAUCGAUCAGUAGAGACUAGAUUCGUUCGUGCGCGCGUCGUCGUAGCUUCAGGUUAAGGGAAAGAAUAAUCCAACCGUCGGUUAAUUGCUCGGCUUAAUUACACUGCUCUACUACGUAGUACUGGCACUGCUACCACCACCACCACCACCAGAGUGACCAAGUUAAGCUAGGGAUUGUUACAUAGGCCGGCCGGUCGGCCGUUCGUUCGCGAGAUUGUUUCGCUGCUGGAGAUGCGCAUGCACGCUCGCAGCAGCUUCGCUGGUCCGCGUGGCCGCGUCUUGUGUUCGCGCAACGAACGGUGCACGUUCCGGUACGUUUUCAUUUGUCUCCGACCUGUCCUGUGUGUGUGCGUGUGUUUUUGCACUGGAUAUUCCCCCUCCCCUCUCGUGGUCGUAGGGAGGGUUUGUAUGUUCAGUGGAAAGAUGUUUGGUAUGGUCUACUCCAUUCUAUUUCAUGAUUCAUGAAUAUGUAUGUAUGUAUGUAUGCGUGUGAUGUACUACUGUGGUAUGCUGUAUAAAUUUAUAAACACGCGCUUUAUU